GCCUCCACCAUCUCCCUGUGUACGAGUUCCUGUAACAUUGGGCGCGUACAGACGACGUAUGUAUAUAGCUCUAUGGGGGCGCGAUCAGUAUUUUCUUACAGUGCGAAUCCAAAAUGUCAGACAUCGAUAAAUGGAUAGAGAUCGCGAAAGAAUGCAAAUACCUGCCCGAGUAUGACCUCAAGAAACUCUGUGACAUGGUAUGUGAUCUGUUGCUGGAGGAGUCCAACAUCCAGCCCGUAUCCACCCCGGUGACGGUUUGCGGCGAUAUCCACGGCCAGUUUUACGAUUUAGAGGAAUUGUUUCGCAACGGUGGCCCUGUACCAGAUACGAAUUAUAUAUUCCUGGGUGAUUUUGUCGAUCGAGGCUACUACAGUUUAGAAACAUUCACUCGGUUGCUUACACUUAAAGCUAAAUGGUCCGAUAGGAUAACGCUACUUCGUGGUAAUCACGAAUCUAGACAAAUCACGCACGUUUAUGGAUUUUACGAUGAAUGCCAAAACAAAUAUGGUAAUGCUAAUGCGUGGAAGUACUGUUGUAGGGUAUUUGACUUGCUCACAGUUGCUGCCUUAAUCGAUGAACAGGUUCUUUGUGUACAUGGUGGAUUAUCACCGGCGAUUAGAACACUAGAUCAAAUUAGAACGAUUGAAAGGAAUCAAGAGAUUCCACACAAAGGUGCUUUCUGUGAUUUGGUCUGGUCUGAUCCAGAGGAUGUAGAAACAUGGACAGUAAGCCCGCGUGGUGCAGGUUGGUUAUUUGGCAGUAAAGUGACUUACAUGUUUAUGGAAGUAAAUGAUCUUAAACUCAUCUGUAGGGCACAUCAAUUAGUUCAAGAAGGUUAUAGGUACAUGUUUAAUGACAAACUUGUCACAGUAUGGUCAGCCCCAAAUUAUUGUUACCGAUGUGGUAAUGUAGCUAGUAUCAUGCAGUUCACAACAGUGGAUCAGAGAACACCCGUGCUGUUCCAGGCAGUGCCUGAUUCCGAGAGAGUAAUCCCACCUUUAACGCCCACACCAUACUUUUUGUGAUCUAACUUAGUGGCUCAUUUGUACGAAUGCAGGAGAGAAGUGUCUGUGUCUAGACUGUACGGAAUCACAUGACUAUAUUGAUCAGACCCAGGCUGGUACCAUGACGGAACGAUAAAAUAUAUCACAAGCCGAUUAUACAUAUUACUCUAGAAUUUUGAUUCCCUUAAAAAAAAAAAAAAAAAAAGAAAAAGAAAAAAUUAUUUGAUGCGUUUUACGAUUGAAAUACGAAAUAUUUAGGGACUGAAUUGUCAUGUGAUUGCUCUUGUUCAGGGAAUGUUCUUUAGAUUUUUUAAGAACUUUAUCAGGUUUUACAUGUUAUAAAGCUAACUUUUAUAUAUAUACAUAGUAUCUGCCAUUGCAUCAGCCUGAUUUUUGUAGUUCGAGAAAAAAAGAAACAAUAUUUUGCACCAGAGCAAAUGUGAACAUUCUGUGGUCUAGACGCUUUUGCUGUCUACUGUGUACAUCCAAUAGAGCAUUCAUAUCUCAGAGCAGCAUCCUGGACUUUGAUGUUCAAAAGACUAAGAGCUUUCAAAUAAUUUAUGAACGCGAAUAACAAAAAUAGUUCAGUGCUGUGUGCAAAUGAUUAAAUAAAAAAAGAAAAAAAGGAAAUAUACCACAUUUAAACAUUCCGGCAAAGUACACUCUCUGAGUACAGUGAAUGCUUCUUUGAUUGCAAUCGUGCGUAGAAUUCAGGUUUAUUAAAGCGUGAGCAUAUAUAGUACUGUUAAGGUCUUCCUGAACAUGUAAAUGAUAUGUUUCUGAUUUAGGUACUGUGUGUGCUGCGUGCAGUUUUUUUCUUCUAGACGCGCAAUCAGUGUUCUUAGUAGCAGAAUCGUAAAUUCGGCUCUUUCGCCGAGGUACAAAUAGCGUGUAGCGAUAGAGCCAAAGUUUCCUGCCUAGGUAAGGAAAUCUGAAUCGUUAUACAUCUAGAAGUUUUUCUUAUUAUUUUUAUGCACCUGACAUUUUUAUGUCUAAUUUUAAGAAAUUCUGAGCUCAAUAUUACCGUAAAGUAUCUCGAGAUACGUAUUGUUAUUUUUUUUUCCAAAAAGUAUUCACCGUUUGUUCUCGUCGCAUUUCUCCCUAUCUCUCUCUCUAUAUAUAUAUGUACAAAGCAAUAUUUUCAAAUACUAUUGUAUUCUCCGAAAUCUGUACAGUUUCCAAUAAUGUAUGCCAAAUCGCUGUCGUACUAAAUAAUCGUAAUUAGCUAAUUGUCAUAAGUUCAUUAAUGUAGGGAGCAACUUUAAAAGGAAAAAAAAACCGAAACCCUUGCAAUGUGCCUCUAAAUUAAUAAGCGUUUGUGUAAUAUAAUAAUACGAUAUUGAUAUGACAUAAUUAAUGGAUGCACCGGCCAUUGCGUAUCAUAAGCCUGAAUUCUGACCAUCGAUUUUUGCUAGCUCACGAUAAUUCCUAAUCGAUCACAGACCCGACAAAUACGGCAUUGGCAUUGUGGCACUGGCUGUCAAGUUGAGACUACUCUAUUUUGAAUUUUGUGAUAUAGAUCGAAGGAGGCGCGUGCAAUGGUCAUGUCGAUGUUUAUAACGACUCUCCUUGUCAGACCAUGUGGUUUUGUGAAGACCCGUUAUUUUAAGAAAUAUAAUAAACUUUUGAACAGUGCCUUCAGAACUAUAACAUGACGGUCUACUAGAAGUAUAAAUGCUUUCUUACUGACAGAUAAUCAUAGACGAACUAACAUAAGGACGAAGAGUCAUGCAAAUACCAGAGCUUAACAAGAACGUGUACGAAAUCUCUUUUUAUCAUUCCUCUUUUAAUGUCUUAUUUCGCAAGCUUUCUGCUUAUUAUAUUUGGAGUAAAUGUUUUCUUUUUUCGUGAAACUUUUCUACGAUGUUUACGUUUUACAAAUUUUACUAUACCCCUACUCCCUUUUUAGGUCUUAUAUUUUACAUUACGCGCGCAAGAUAUUAUCUAUUUGUUUACUACAUUUAUUGCAACGUACAAUUACGCUUAAUUUUACAUAAUAUAUUACACAUCAGAUAAAGAGCAUAUCCCCGAGAGAACGAAACGAGACACGGAGCUUGCGUUACAAACUCGACUCGCUACACUUGCAGCCUCCGAGUCGUGAAAUGGAGUCGCAACGAUGGGAACAUCCUAUGUGCGAUACGGAUAUCAUAGAAAUCCUGAAAAGUAUUAGCCUCUGUAUCAAUUAUCGGGGUGUUCGCGACGUUUCUUCUUCCAAAAUGCCUCUGUCUGUGAUCGCUUUAAUCUUAUCGAAGUGUCCAAGCGCUUGCGACGACUCGAUCAACGAUGACUACCAAUCGGCAAACUCGCGAGAGAGAACAAAUAAAGACAAUUUGCAAAAUAAAUAAAAUAACGAAGACUAAUUUAGCUUAAUGUGCUCCGUGCGGGAGCUUGAACACUGCGCAUAAUCCUUAAAGAUCUCACAGGUAGACAUCAUUUUAAAACGAUUAUCAUGUACCUUGAAAGUAUAGACUUUGUUAUGUUAAUGUAAUGAAGAACGUCUGUAAUAAAAACGCGUGAAAAAUCGCA